UUUCUACUAAUAGAAAGUACGCCGCCGGAGGAGCCCUAAAAAUCCCACAAGUGCGAAUGGUUGGACGGCCAGGAUGCGCUGCGAUUGGAGCUCGGCUAUGGGGCGCCAAGGAAGGGCAACAGGGAUGCGGGAAAUCCAUAGCGCCUUGCGCUGCCGCCAACUGCUGAGGAGUCAUCGUCGCUUCUACUGCCUCGCGGCUUCCAAGCAGAUGAAGAACGCCGCGGAAGGGCGGCCGAAGAAGAUCAAGUUUUUCGUGGGGAGCCAGAGGAGCAAUGUGGAGGCGCUCAAGCGAGAGAAGCACUUGGAAAACUCUCCUGGAUGGAUCGAGGCUUUUUGUUCGCAGAAGGAGAACGAUCUUUUCGUGAGAGUUGACACCGACUUCAUCCGGGAUCAGUUUAAUCUCCACGGGCUUAGCAACGAGGUCUUGGAUUAUCAUGGAUCUCUGCGUGACAUCCUCGAGACGUACAGGGGGUAUUUCGAUGAAGAAGCGCAAAAGUUGUAUGGUCUGAUCCACAGGCGGUACAUUCUAUCCACCAAAGGACUCGAGGCCAUGGCGAGAAAGUUCAAGCACGAAGAGUUUGAAAAGUGCCCGAGAUCCUGCUGCGAGGAUCAAACUUGUCUUCCAGUUGGGCUCUCGGACGAUCCAGGAGUGUCCACGGUUCGCUUCUUCUGCCCCCGGUGCGAAGACGUGUUUGAUCCGAUCGCCGUGCAACAUCGAAGUGUCGAUGGCGCAUACUUUGGUCCCACAUUCGCGCACUUGCUACUCCUGACGCAUCCCAUGGAAAUCAAGCCCUGUGUCAAGCAUCCAUCGUCGUCUGGCUACGUUCCUAGGAUCUUUGGCUUUAAAAUUCAUAAACCAUCCGCGUCUAGCGACGAUAUGGAAGUUGCUUGACAAUCCAGUCGAUUUUUUCUCAUAUUUUCCUGACGAUCUUGUACUUAUAAUCGAGAAAUCCACAGGGUAAAAAAAGGUUCCACAGAAGAAACUAGCCGUUAGUUCUUACGUUCUUACGUGGUUGUAAAAAACUCUUUCCUAGCUAGCCUGUGUACAGUGGAGUUCUCUCCCCUUUCCCUUAUUUUUCUCGAAUCGAAUCGAAUGGACAGCGCCAGAGGUUUUUGUGAUCCGCGCUUCCAUCACAGCCAGCGAGCUUUGGUGCCGAGAUCACGACGAAGAAGCAGUCAAAUUCGCUGCGCUGGUGGAGGAGAUCACAGCCAAAGUUUCUUGCAUCGGCUAGGCGAGGCCUGGAGCGUUGUCUUGGGCUUACAAUCGUCGCAGGCCGGGACGAGGAGAGUCGCCAAGCAGAGAUUUUCCAAGCUUCUCGUCACUGACAGAGGCUUCGACGCCGAGAAGCUCUCGCAUUUCUACAGCCUGGCAAAGGCGGCCAUCUCGGAGCACGUAGUUCUCGAAGACAAGCAGGGAAAAGCCACAGUCGAAAGACUCGGGGAGUUGCAACUCCAGUUCAACGUGAAGAGGAUAAAGAGUUCCGCGCAGAACGAGCCUUGGGCGGUGCCGACGCUGAUCGAGUACGAGCCGGAGUGAGAGAUCUGCUAGAGGGCGGUGAAUCACCUGUGUACACAAGUUUCUAAAAGAAAGUUACCAUUGUCGAUCUA